GCAUGGGAUCAGGCGAUACUUCAUUUUGGGAGAAUGGUUUCAUGGGGAUGCCUGCCUUAGAGGCCUUUUUCGGUGGACAAUGGAGCCAUCCAAGGGAAUUUUUGUCAAACUCGAUGAAGGAGUUGUUAAUCAUCCCUGCCAAAAAGACGAUGUCAGACAUCGUGCGAUGCAUAGACUUGAAAUUUCGCACAACAAGCGAGGGGUGGAAUGGGGAGGAAGCCAACAGCAGGCAACAGGCGAUAGAGAAGAAAAAGUGCCUGGGGAUCAAUCAGCUUCAAGCACAGACCAGCGGAGUUCUGGGCAGAUCGUUCUCUGCUGGGGAUGGACAAGGCAGCCCCUGGGCCAUACAGGCUGUUCAUAUAGGCAGCGAUGAGGCAGAAAGUGACGAUGCCACUUCGGAACAGACAGACUCGACAGAGCUUACAGAUCAACACAUGCAUCUGAGUUCGGUCACCUCUGCAGAAGAAUCGGAGAUUGUUGCUACCUUCAAGUCGGUUGGCAAUCCUCUGAGCUCUGAUGUUGCUGAAGAAGAAGCAGAGUCUGCUGGGUUUGUGGCUGUUGACAAUCCAAUGUUUGACAGCAGCUCCAUUGAGAGUGACUGUGAUUGUUCUGAUAGGAUAUCCAACGAUGACGUGAAGAACUACGAUGUGUGGGAGAAUCCUGAAUUUCUUGAAUCCAUAAGUGAGGUCGAUCGUACACUCGAGGAGGGCCAGUCUCCUGUCACAACUCUGAUGACGGAAAAUCCCCUCUUCCAGGAGGGAUUUGCUGACAAGAGGGCAACCAGCCUGAGCAAUCCGCUGUUCGAGAACGACAGCGAUGUGGAUUGUGACGAUACAGCCUGCAGCACAGCUAGCUAUUCUGAUUCCGACACAAAUGCACUGCGUGCAGAAAUACCAGUUAUGGGCUGGAAGGUUGGCCAAGUGGGAUUAUUUGACUCCGCCAGUGAGCUGCUGGACGCGCUGGCCAGGGCCGAGUCUGGUGCUAGCACUCAACGCUGGGGCUGGCAUGGAUACGACAUCGACAGUGAACCCCCAACGCCCAAGCUGCGGAACUCCAGCUCAGACCAGGGCCACAUCAGCCUGACGAUUCUAGUACCCCAGGAGAGCUGCGUCGUUUCCAUGGACCCUGGCUGGAUCUCAAUUGGGGAUGCUGGGAGGGCCGGCAUCGACGGCAUCGACAGCAAGCCCUCAAAGCCGAUGCGCCGCACCUGCCUGGGCGCACUGACACGGAAGAACCUCGCAGACCUGUCCGCCAAGAUCUGCUGCAGGGUCGUGUGCCUGAUCGACUGCCUGCUGUCCAUGUGCCAAAGUUGCUUUCCCCCUGUUGUGGGGGAUUAUUUGCCGGGGUCCGAAUACGUGAUGGGGCUGUAG